CUGAUUGAUUGAUUUUAGAUUCCAGAGGUGUGGUGGAUGACAAGUGUCCCAGCUCAGAGUGGAACCACAUGUGUAGGGACUGUUGUGAGUACCAGCUGAUCCAGUGUAGAUGUCCUUCCCAGGGGGCACGGGUGGGCUACUCCGUCCCCUGCUGCCGCAACCAACUGGACCAGUGUGACCCCUGCAUCAUCCACCCUGGCUGCAGUCUGUUUGAGAACUGUAAAACCUGUCACAAUGGGACGUGGGAGGCCAAGGAUGAUUUCUUCAUCCGAGGGAGAUUCUGUACGGACUGUCGUCAGGGCUGGGCAGGUGGAGACUGCAAGACUUGUGGAGGGGUGAUUCGUAGAGCCCAGGGCCACAUCAUGCUAGAGAGUUACCCCAUCAAUGCGCACUGUGAGUGGAGGGUGCAGGUAGAGAAAGGGGAGAACGUGGAGCUCAGGUUCUCCAUGCUUAGUCUAGAGCCUGACCACAACUGUCACUAUGACUACGUGGAGCUGCGAGAUGGUGACAGCCUGAGCUCCCCCGUCAUUGGCCGGUUUUGUGGGAAUGAGCUGCCUCCACCAAUCAGAACCUCUGGAAGCAGGCUGCACGUCCUGUUUGUCUCAGAUGGCUACAACAACUUUGAUGGCUUCUUCGCCGCUUUUCAGCAGAGCUCAGCGUGCAGCCCCUCCCCUUGUCAGCACCAUGGAACCUGUUUGCUGAACCCAGUACAGUCUUUUCGCUGUGCAUGUCUGCCAGGCUACACAGGGCAACUGUGUGAGAAUGAGCCCAUUCGACCCAGUCAGAGGGGUGUAGACCCAGUCAGAGGGGUGCAGACCCAGUCAGAGCCCGUUCGACCCAGUCAGAGGGGUGCAGACCCAGUCAGAGGGCUCGGGGUGUGUCCUCCUCCUGCCAGGCUGCACCAUGGCUACUUCCAGCUGGUCCGGGGCUCUGGAGGAGGUCCUGACACAGUGGACUACUUCUGUAACCCCUCCUACAUCCUGAGUGGAGGCUCCCGGAGCACCUGUCUCCCAGAUGGCUCGUGGAGUGGCCGGCAACCACUGUGUGUGAGAGCCUGUCGAGAGCCUAAGGUAUCUGAGCUGGUGAGACACAAUGUUGUGAAGCCAAAGGCCCCAUCCAGGAAAGGUCCAGUCCACAGGCUUCACACCUCAUCCAGGCAUACGGUCUAUGACAGUCACCCCCCUGGCAUGGACCCACCCUCCUCAGGGAACCUCCCCAGCACCCAAGACCCUGUCCUGAGGGAAUUACCCCGUGGUUUCCACCACCUGUCCACUAGCAUAGAGUAUGAGUGUGCCUCCUCUCUCUACCAACACUACGGUAGCCCCCGGCGCACCUGUCUGAAGACUGGCAGGUGGAGCGGGCAUCAUGUCUCCUGCUCGCCAGUGUGUGGUCAACUCCCAGCAGGCUUCAGCCCUCAGAACCUCACUGAGAUUGGAUGGCCCUGGCAUGCAGCCAUCUACCUCCGCUCCCACAUCAUCCGCAGAGCUGGCUCUGGCCUACAGACGGCACCAGAGGAGGCCUACUCUCCCUGGCAGCUGGCGUGCAGUGGAGCACUAGUCACCCAGCUCAGUGUGCUGGUGGCAGCUCACUGCCUGGUGGUGGCAGGAGUGGACAAGCCGCAGUGGGUAGAUCCAGCCAACAUUAAAGUGGUGAUGGGAAUGCACAGCCCGGGCCAGAUGAGGACACUGAAACAACUGCAGGUUUCCUCUGUCCUGGUCCAUCCCAGCUUUGAUCCUGUGACACUGGACUCGGACCUGGCCGUUCUGAAGCUACAGGACAAGGCCAAGAUCAGUGAGCGUGUGCUGCCCGUGUGUCUCCCCAAAAUGCAAGGCGGGGAGGUGACUGCCACACAGGGCUAUGCCACAGGCUGGCUCCUUGCAUCUGACUCAAGGUCCAGUUCCAAACCCAGCCUAGACGCCGAGACAGCCCAGACUGGAGUAGUCGAGCUGGGGGAUGUCAUUCAGUGCGAGAGGCAGUUUGCUCAGAGCGGGGCCCCUGUCACCAUCACUGACAAUAUGCUGUGUGCAAUGCGUCACCCUCUCAAUCCCACCAAGCCUUGUCCCACUGUCAGUGCAGGCAUUACAAUCAUACAAUCUCCUGCCACUAAGCCAUCAUCGGGUCCUUCGGGGGGACAGGGGGAUGAUAGUGUUGUCUGGGAGCUUCUGGCUUUAGAAAGUUUUGGUUAUGAGAAAUGGAACUGUGGCCCAGGGCUUUACACAGUCCAUACCCGGAUAAACAACUUCAAAGACUGGAUACAGAAAAACAUGAAGUAGAUCUCUGAUUUGACUCCAGUCUCAGCCACUCUGUCACCAUCAUUGACAGCCUGUGUUUUUUUCUAACAACUCACUUACUCACUGUUGCCAGUUCCUUGAAACAGAUAACAGGGCUAAGUGCUUGGCAGUGUAUUCGGCUGAGCCAAUUGGAAACUUCCUAAGACGAGAUGUGGGGAGGACAGUCAUCCCUGACACUAUUUACUAUGAUGUACACUGAACAAAAAUAUAAACGCAACAUGUAAAGUGUUGGUCCCAUGUUUCAUGAGCUGAAAUAAAAGAUCUCAUAAAAUGUUC